ACUUGCCGGCGCUUGAAGCGAGUGAAGCUAACACGCGCGCGCGCUGCGUGUGUGCGUGCGUGCCGCAGCUACCUGGGCAGCUUCGAGCGCGACGGCGUGCUCAUGAUCGAGAUGGAGUACGCGGACGGCGGCACCCUGCAGCAGCUGCUGCAGCGCCGCGCCGCGCGCCUCAGCGAGCGCGAGGUGCUGCUGCUCUUUCGGCAGAUCGCUGCCGCGCUGCGCUACAUGCACGAGCACAACAUCCUGCACAGAGACCUCAAGACUGCAAAUGUCUUCCUGACGAAGGACGGCACCGUGAAGGUGGGCGACUUCGGCAUCUCCAAGAUGAUGUCUACGAGAGGUCAGGCGAACACUGUGCUCGGCACCCCCUACUACAUCAGCCCAGAGAUGUGUGAAGGGAAACAAUAUGAUCAAAAGUCUGAUAUUUGGGCCCUGGGCUGCAUCCUCUAUGAAAUGAUCUGCUUACAAAAGACCUUCGAAGGAUCCAAUCUUCCAGCUCUCGUCAAUAAGAUUAUGAAGGUAUAUACACGUACUGGCGGUGUACAAGGAAAAUAA